AUUAACGUUUAGGCUAUCGUUAAUAAUUUUCUUUGUAGAAUCCAUUGAAACGGACCAACAAUCCUGCGUAAUUUACAUAUAAAAAUAAUAAUGUCACAGUUAUUAGAAAUGGAUGAAAUAGUCAUAACAAUGACUGCAGAUUUAUCAUCCAGCUCUACUAAUACCAGUUCAAGUUCCUCUGACAGCCUUAGUGAGAUAAUGAAUUCCACUAAUGAAUCUAAUACAUCUUUCUCAAGUAAUGAAGUUGAAGAUGAUUUAUUGUUUCCAUUGUAUCAACUUCUCAUGCAUGGAAGAAGACGGAGCAAAGUUCAAGACUUCCUCAACACUGUCCACUUAUAUAGUGAUGCUGUAUUUAAGGAGCACUUUAGAUUACAGAGACGUACGGCAUAUCUUCAAAUAGACGUGCUGCAGCAGAGUAAUUUUAUCCCAUCCCAUUCUUCUGGUAUGCGUAAAAUCUCUGCUGAGUGGAGUUUCCUUAUAUUUCUUUGGUAUAUUGUAAAUACUGAGCCAUUACGAACUUUGGGAGAUAGAUUUAAUGUAUCUAUAUCUUCAAUUUUUCGUAUAAUACAUCGUGUUGUGGAAUGGCUAUUAUCUAGAUUAGAUGAAGAAAUAAAAUGGCCAGAGGGAAAUGAUGCUAGCCUCGUAAUAUCCCAAAAGUUCGAGGCAAAACGAGGGAUAUAAAAAUGUAUCGGAGCAAUAGAUUGCACGCAUAUCGCAAUUCGACGGCCUGUUGAUUACUCUAGAGACUAUUGCAAUAGAAAAAGGUUUUUCUCUGUCGUAUUACAAGGUGUUGUAGAUGCAGAUAUGAAGUUCACAAAUAUUUAUUGUGGAGAACCGGGUUCACUGCACGACGCACGUGUUCUAAGAAGAUCGUUACUCUAUGAUACUGCUCAAAAUGACAUGGAAAACAUUUUCCCUAAUGAAACGUGCAUAAUAGGAGAUUCAGCCUAUCCACUACUACCAUGGCUCGUCCCACCAUUUCGAGAUAACGGACAUUUAAGCGUACAGCAGUCUGAAUUUAAUUUCUUACACUCUUCCACACGGAUGUCAAUAGAGAGAGCUUUUGGAUAAUUAAAAGGUCGUUUCCGUUGUUUGAGAUUUUUAGAAUUACUUGAUAUUCAAUUUAUUCCAAAAUUAAUAACAGCCGCUUGUAUUAUGCAUAACAUUACUAUAAAAGAAAAUGAUGAAAAUGAAUUCUUUGCAGAUUUUAAUGACGUUCUUGUAGAUAAUGUUGUAGAUAACAAUUAUGAGAUUGAUGAUUUACAUGCUAGAUAUAGAAAUAGGAAUAAUGUAAUAGAUCGAAGAAUGCAGAUGUUUCGGGAGCUGUUUCCAGAUACUAUUCUGGAGUAUAUUAAGAUAUAAAGAUUUUUAAGAGUAGUCGUGUAUAUUUUUAUAUUUUUGUAUGUUAUAUAAUCUUUAAUAUUUUAACCUAGAGUAAAAUUAUAAAAAAAUAAAUAUUUGUAUAUUUUGAUAAACAUGGUAUGUUUAUUUUUACCACAGUCUUUACAAAUAUUGCUCAUAUUACUUACAUACCUCUACAUAUCUCUCCACAUAAAAUUAAAUAUUUCGUAUCUAAGAAAAAACUUUUCUGAUUAUGCUUAAUGACUUACACUUUUGCAACUUAAUUAUCUUAUUACAUUUUUGUAAUAAAUAAUAUGGUAAACAAGUUUUAAUAUUUAUUUAAGUAUAUAAUGUUAAUCUAAUUUAAAAUAUUUAAAAACAUUUUUAUAAUAUUAUGCGAUAUAAGAAAGUACCCGGUACAAAUUAUAUAUAAAAUUGGGUGCUGAUUAAAUUUGCUGACUUUCUCUUUUUUUUUGUUUUAGCUUAUAACGUGAUUAAUAAAAGAUAUGAAUAAAACUUCAUAUAUGAUUUAUAUGGGGCACUUUACAUUUUAUAAAAUAAACAAAAGUCUAGAGCAGAUAAGAACAAAAACAUAAACAUGCAUACAUGUACUUAUUUUCAAUAAAAAUUUUAUAUAAUAUAUUAAAAUAUGUAUUUAUCUCUCAAACAAUCAGAUAAA